AUGGAGGUGCCACCGUCUGUGGAGAUCACCGACGGGCAGCGCCUUGAGACUGAGCAGCUGCAGGACGAGAGCAGUAUGGAUGGAGUACAGCAGACAGGGGAGCAGCAGAUUGGGGAGCAGCAGACAGGGAAGCAGCAGAGUGGGGAGCAGCAGAUAGGGGAGGAGCGGAUUGAGGAGCAGCAGAUGGUGGACCAGCAGCUCGGGGAGCAGCAGACAGGGGAGCCGCAGACAGGGGAGCAAGAGAUGUGGGGAAUUAGAGAUGGUGGUCGUGUGUUGGUUUCUGGGACGACCACUGCACCAGUGCGUCGCUCCACUCGCAUCACUCGUGGUGUCCCGCCUGGCCUUGCUGUAGUAUGGCAGGGGAGUGUUAGAGGGCCCUACAACAGCAAGGGCCCUCGAUCACCUUUGACUUGGCAGGUCGACGCCUAA